UGUAGCCUUGCCAUUUUGGAAGGAUUCUGCCGAACUGCCGAUUGUUUUUUUGUGUUACAUUUUAACGUUUAACUGACAUUUCCCAAGACAACGCAUGCGGCAUGGUGGAUUCAGGAAUUGAAUUCGACCUGAGUAGUCUACUUGGGUCGGACGAUUUGAUUAGCGACAUGGGUGACAACUCGUUUUAUGAGCUGAAGAGCACGGCUUAUGGUGGAAGCCCGGUCCCUGAGAUAAAGCACGUGAGUCUGUCGAUGCGGACGAAUCUGAAGCAGCAGUUGAUGCGCCAGCAGCUCUACGAUGAGGAGAAGCGAGAACAGAUCAUGUCGUCAUCCCUCAAGCGGCAGCAGGCCAUCUCAUCGCUCUGCACCUCCACCAUCGACGUCCCGCACAUACAGGUCAUCAGCGAGGUACCACCGCAGGUCCUCAAGGUUAAAAGUCAGCUGGAGCAUCCCACAAAGUUCCACAUCCAGGAGAACAAGAAGCGACAGAUUCAGGACUUCCUCGGUCAGUCGCGGCUCACCGCACAGUCGAUGCCGGCCAUACAGACGCGGUCUGCCCCGGACGUGGCCCUGCAGGUGACGGGAAGCGCCCCCCUCGUAGACCCUGACAGUCCCUUUUCUCUAGGACAGGCCAGUGCUGCCACCAGUGUGUCGGAGGUGGAUAACUUACUGACAGACCUCAUCAGUUUGGAGUCGGUGGAUGGAACCAUCGAUAACGACCUCACAUUCAUUGAACCAACGCUCACACAGUUGUCCACUUCUGCCAACCUCAACACAUUCGACGGAUCCUCUGACCAUGCUUCAUCAUCGUCAUCAUGUCCAGCAGCAUUUCAGAAACAGGAUCAGUCCAGCUAUCUGACCGAAGACGAGGCUCGCAUGUGGGCAAAAGAACGCCAGAAGAAAGAUAACCACAACAUGAUUGAAAGACGGAGAAGAUUCAACAUUAAUGACAGAAUAAAGGAAUUAGGAACAAUGCUCCCUAAAAAUAUUGAUCCUGAUCUUCGACAGAACAAAGGCACGAUACUGAAGGCGUCCUGCGACUAUAUUCGGAGGUUGAAGAAAGACCAGGACAAACUGAGACAGUCCGAGGAACAACGUCGGAUGUUGGAGAUGAAUAAUAGGAAAUACAUGUUACGCAUUCAGCAACUGGAGCUACUGAUGAAGGCGCAUGGUGUUCAGAGCGGACUGUCCGACGACCUGGCGACAUUGACCACGAUGUCGACGAUGAUUGCCCCCAGUGCCAUCAACAUGCAGGUUAAAGCAGAGGGCGACAUGGUAGACCACUCCGGAAACAUACUCAACUUACUGGACAUGGAUGACUCCUCCCCCCUCGGGGUCGACCCCAUGUUGAUAUCCGCCCCCGUCAGUCCCAGCAUGGAGGACGACAGCAGUGACCUCAUGUAGACGGGUGAAGGGUUUGUCUCUUUCCUAGAACUCAGAAGUGAUGCAGAGAUGUUAAUUGGUUUUUCAGUGACAGAACAUAGCAAUGACAUCGUGAAGAUGAAAAGUGUUUUUUCAUUGGCAGAACAUAGCAAUGAUAUCAUGAAGAUGUAAAAUGUUUUCUCAUUGGUACAAGACAGAUGUGAUAUCAUGUAGAUGUAAGCUGUUCUCUGAUUAGCAGAGCACAAACAGAGACAUCAUGGAGAUGCAAAGUGCUUUCUGAUUGGAGGAACACAGUAGUAGCAAUAGCAUUUAAAAAAUGCAGACUUCUUUGUGAUUGGUUGCAGACAGCAAUGACAUGUUAAAUAUUUUUUCACAAUGAAUUGUUAACUACUGCAUGUGUAUUUUCAUCUACCUUAACCACGUCCAUGAAAAUUAACAUAAAGCAUUAUGUUUCUGAUGAAAACCGAGUAAUUCACCUAAAGUUCAGAUGAACAGUAUAGUAUUACUUUUUAGCUUUCCUCAUAAGGUUCACAGAUAACUAAAUGUGAAAAGAUUUAGUUCUGGACAGUUAUGCAGGGCUCGAAUGUAAUAAUUUGGAGCCUACAGCAAUAUUUUAAAAACAUUGCCAUGGGUGAAACAGCCCUGCCGAUGGCAAGUGAACAUAUCUAAAAGGUUUAUUUGCUGUGUGUAGACAUAUUUCAAAAGCAUAAAUGCUACACACUAGCAGAUAAUAUACAGUUUGCCAAAUUUUUAACCAGUGUUAAAAGUGCCAUCAGUGCCGUCGUUAAGUUUGGGUCUUGGUGAUGGUAUAAAUAGAAGAUGAUGAAUGUUAUUUUUUUUAUCAAAAGAUCAACCACAGUGUAGUCUUAGUCUAAUGAAAUCCUGCUAAAACGUAUAUUUAGCAAACGUCACAAUUGUUUUCCAGGUUACAAUGUAUGUAACAUGCAGAAUUUCCAUGUUAAAUGUAUGUAGAAAACAUACAUUAAAGCCACAGACCCUAGUUUGAGCCUGUAAAAAUGGACAUUAAGUUUGGUUAAUCUACAAACCUGUAAAACAUUGGUUAAAGUUACAAUUUUUUUUUAAACAUGUGUCUGUAAUGUUGAAUAGUGAUAUGCCUUAAAAAUGGAUUAGAUUUCAUUUCCAUAACCAUUACUUGCCAGAGGUACGUUUGUUUUUAAAAUAUAUAAAUGCAUUUCAUGGUAUUACAAACACCAAGAUGACCAUAAAUACUUCUGAUGUACGAAAAUAGAUCAUUUAAAUCUAAACAAAAUCUAAGUCAUGUCUGUAUAAACAGUUUUAAUCUUGAAAAAAAACUAGGGUUUGUUACUUUAAUAAUAUAAAAUACUUCCGUCUCUGUGUAUACACUGUUCACUAAAAUCAACCUGCUGAGUCCUCCAGAUGACAUCUUCACCUCAUUUGUUUUCUCACGUUAGUAAUAAAAGGUUGACAAUCACUUUUGGAAAGAAAUUUGACAGUUCCCAAUUCAGUUGAAUUGUUUAAAGUCAAAAGACUUUCUUGAAAACACUUGAUGUAAGCACAAAAAUUAAUGUAUGUAGACAAGGCAAAGAGAUGAACAUUUUGGUGGUAAAUUAAUAUUUAGAGAGGAUUAAUUUAGGUUAUAUUUGUAACUGUAUAAUGUUUCUGAACAAACCAAAGAAGCAUAGCAAGGUUAUGGUAAAUGUAAAAUAUUGGAUGUAAUUUUGACAGUUAUGUUUUUCUUAUUAAACCUUUAACAUGGCUAUAUCACUGCAUGUCUAUACACAUACACCUAGUGUUCAUCAACAUUCUAUUGUAUAUAUUGUAAAUAGUGUGUAUAUAAUUGCAGAUUUACAGGUGCGUAUAAAUACAUUAUACAUUAAUAGGUUUCCAAAAAGAUUCCCGAUGUGUGAUUUUUUAAGAUCCUAUUUAUUUGUAUUUUAAUGCUGGCCGACCGCUCGUCUCAUAAUCCAUUCAUUUUAGUGCUCUGUUAUUUUACCAUGUUACGUUUUCUCAUUUUGAGUCAUCCGUUUUAGCAUUGAGUAAUACAUGAUGAUGAUGAGAAUAGGUUUCCAUUUUGUUUUUGGUUGUUGUUUUCUCGCUCCAGCGAGUGCACUUGGUAAUUUGGUAAUUUUGACAUGUAAUCUUAGAGAGAAAACCUACAUUUUUCCAUUAGUAAGAAGGGAUCUUUAAUAUGCACCAGCCAUCUCACAGACAGGAUAGUACAUACUAUGGCUUUUGAUAUACCAGUUGUGGUGUACUGCCUGUAAUGAGAGAAAUCGUGCAAGAAUAUAGAUCACCUGCUUACAACAAUGAAGCUUGACACUGUGUGUGGAAAGAAAACAAACAUGAUAAUGUUGUCCUGAACGGCGCACCAUUCGAAAUUUGAUGGACUCAUAUGGUAUGUGUAAUUUAUUGGUAAUGUGAACAGCUGUUCUGGAUCGACUUCAGUGCCAGAUGAUACAAUUCGCCUUAACUACUGCUGUGCAGUGUGGGAGAAUGAUUAAUUAAGAUAAAAUACAAUACAGUCAACCUUGUACAAGCAGUCACCUAAGAAUAUUAUAAGACAGGUGACUGAAUAAAACAGGUAACUUUACUCCAUCAGAAUAAUUCUGAAUCAGAUGAAUUGGGAGAAUUAUGAUAUAAACUUUUUAAUGAGGUGGUAUUUUAAUACAGGUGACUGUAUAACACAGGUCACUUUAAUAUAUUUAGGAGAAUUGUAAUGUAGCCUUUGGUUGGACUUGGGGGUGUCAUUGGAGGAAAUGGGGGGGGGGGGGGAGAGGUCAUAUGACAUCAUUGCUUUCAUGACUUGACAUCAUUCCAUGUGUAAAUACUUUUAUUUGUAAUCAGAUUUUUAUAAGCCACAUGUAGAGAAUUUGUUUAGUGUUUUGUUGAUCGCAGGUUUAUUUGUUACACCCUGUCUUCAAGCACGUGUACAGUUAGUUGUGUGUUUUAGACUGUCCCUCUUUCUGUUGCUGAAUGCACCAAAAGAUAUUUUAUUAAAGGUGCUGUCUUCAAGCAUGUGUACAGUUAGUUGUGUGUUUUAGAUAUAUUUUAUAGACUCGGUCUGUUGUUUUGUUGCUGAAUGCACCAAAAGCUCUAUUAUAAUUUAAAGGGACUGUCCUGAAGCAUGUGUACAGUUAGUUGUGUGUUUUAGAUAUAUUUUAUAGACUCGGUCUGUUGUUUUGUUGCUGAAUGCACCAAAAGCUCUAUUAUAAUUUAAAGGGACUGUCCUGAAGCAUGUGUACAGUUAGUUGUGUGUUUUAGAUAUAUUUUAUAGACUCGGUCUGUUGUUUUGUUGCUGAAUGCACCAAAAGCUCUAUUAUAAUUUAAAGGGACUGUCCUGAAGCAUGUGUACGGUUAGUUGUAUGUUUUAGAUAUAUUUUAUAGACUCGGUCUGUCUUUCUGUUGGUGGAUUGCUGAAUGCACCAAAAGCCCUAUUGUAAUGCACCAAAAGCCCUAUUGUAAUGCAAGUUAAAGGGACUGUCCUGAGUUUGUUUCUAUUGUUAAGAUGUUGCUGAUUUACAGAGAUGUUAUUCGGACAUAUCAUUUAAAGUAGCAUCCAUUGGUGCAGUAGGACGUUUAUAAAAAAUCAGUGCAACUCGUCGGUUUCUUCUUGUUUGUUUUUGUUUUUUUGGUGAUGAUUUUAAUUGUUUUGGGGGGUUCAGGGGGUUUUUUUUUUGGGGGUGUGGGUUAUUUGGUGUGUUUUUUGGGGUUUUUUUUUUUGUGGGGGGGGGGUUCUGGGUUUGUUUUUUCGUCUGGAUGUUGGCCGCUUAGAAGAAAAAAAGUGACCUUCAUAUUACUGUAACAAUUUGUUUUGCAUUACUAUUGGUCAUGUCACAUGUACUUGGUGCAAAUAUGCCGACUGAUUUGUGUUUAAAAAACACCACCUGCGUGUGUUAGAGUUACUGCAUCAGACUUUUAAGAACUCUCUUUUGUGUCGACUUGUCUUAGACGUUACAUACACAAAUCACUCUUAUCUAGUGCCUUCUUUACGUGUACACGUACAUGUAUCGUAAAACUGGCUCAGUGAAGCAGGACUAUGUUAUUUACAUGUACCCAACUUUGCUCAUGUACACGGAGAGUUUCUCAAUUCAUAUAUCAUAAUGGUGUGUAUGUGUUUUAGAGAAAACUGUUUGCAAACCAGAAUAUAGAAAUGUUACAUGUUGUACUCGAUUUUCAUGUAAAGACGUACCUUGUUAUGUCAAAAAAGGUCGAUCAAAAUGGGAAUACAUUUAUGUAUAUUUUCACAGUAUACAUCUUUUGUGGAUGUUUUUCACUGAAAUAUAUAUCAAAUCAA